GCGGGCUUACGAUAGUCUUGUCAAUACAUUAUGCAUGAAGAAUAUAACCGAAGGUAGGUCUGCAGCAUGUAUCGGGACGCCUCGGUCGCCGUUUACCCAAUUUACUGAUGAACUCGCCAUUGUGAUAUCUGCCUGGGUAUAUAAUUACAACAUAUGGGUAGGCCAUUAUAAUGCAUCGCGAUUCAAUAUUCAUCAUUCAGGGUGAGAUCAACUGAAGUCAAGGUCACCUCGCGGGGCAUGUCACAAACCGCACGACCGAUCAAACCCAACUCUGGCCAUGAACGCUAUGGACUAUGUGUAUCGAUGUCCAGAUGCUUAAAUUUGUUUAUAAAACAUCUCCGCGUGACUCGAGUACUAGAGCACGCUGUGCGUUCUACUGAAAUGUUUGUUGCCUGCCAUUCACACUCUCAUCGGGCCAACGAACGGCACUGAACCGUGUCUCUAGCUACACAGACGACGGGAUGCAUGGCUUCGUUACGUUAACGUUGAUUGACAAGCAUUGUUGUUGUUACUUGCCUUCAUAGUAAAUAGCCAGCGACCUAAGCCGGUCGGACCUAUGGUGUAACGGUACCGAGUGUUGUACGUAUUUCAUUGACAAGCACCCGUAUGUACAUGUGUGCCACAGGUGAAGUGUACAAUACAAAUAUACCCCGUGUCAGAGUGAGUGCAGGACAUACCCUACUCACUAAGAAUAUUGUGUGUAUUUCAUUGGAUUAUAAGACUACUGUGUACGUGUGUUCUUUCCGUCAUUCAGUAAAAGGACGUGAUAUAAUGUCCAAAUGUUGCUUUGGACGUAAAACCAACUGACAGCUGAGCUGCAUACAGACUACACUAUCGUGAUGCUGUGGGGCGGGGUAUGCUUUACUACCCAGGAGCCCCGGGGCUGGCAGCUGGCCCUAUUGGUAACACUUGCAGCCUUACAAACCUUGGCACAAGAGUCCACAACGCUUCAGACGACAGAUACAGGGAACUCCUCCACUUUGUCCUCGCCCGAUUCGUCCAGAUCUACCACCACAUUGCCCCCACCAACGGAUACCUGGACCAUCCUCGCGGAGGGCUACCUACUGUUUCAUCCUGUUGCCUCAACUCUACAGGACCCCAAACUUGACCUGGCCUUGACCUUUAAGACCAAGCAGCCCCAUGGACUUCUGUUCUGUCACCUUGUGACGCCAAAGGCGUCACAGGAAAUGUACUAUGGACGACUUACAGAGGACCUAGAGGUUUACCAUUUCUGUGUGGAGCUGUACCAGGGAACUCUCCGCAUCACACAUAAACUCAAUCAGUAUGAGGACAUAUUCACUAUAGGCAAAGAAUAUAACGAUGAUGAAUGGCAUGAGGUGAAGGUCUCCCUGGACACAUCCUCUGGUCAUCUACAGGUGACCAUAGACGGAGAGGUCCACAACAAACGUGUACGGACCUUCACAUGGACACGACCUUCGGACCUCCUCGAUUCUGAUCUCGUGUCACCAGUCGUACGAUAUGGCAGUGGUGUGAGUCUUGACCAGUUUGUGGGGUGCCUACGAGACCUUAUAUUUGGUCGGGAGGAGGUGCGACCAGAAGAGACACAUCGGGUAAAGGCCGGGUGUGUAGACCUGUGUGUCACCCAUAACAAGUGUGCACAAGGCACACGCUGUAUCAACCAGUACACGGACAUGCAUUGCGACUGCUUCGGCUCGGACAAUGAGGGGAAAUACUGUAACAGCACAAAGACGACUGUGGUGACGCUGCGCGGUUACGAGUGGAUCAAGUAUCAGCUGUACCGAAGACCGAAAGACAAGAUGUUGAUGGAUAACACACGUAUCAGUCUCCAGUUCAAGUCUGACCGAGGGUCUGGAGUACUAAUAUACGCAGUAGGUGGCGCACCAUACAACAGUCACCUGAUUGCCUCGGUCCAUGAGGGCACGGUGAGAGUCUCCAUGGCAUUUGGCGAUGAUGUCAUUCAAGAGCAGAUGGGAAUCGGCGUGGACGAUCAGAGGAGGUUGAAAGGGUGGCACAAUCUGACCAUUGUCCACAGCCCCGUGGAGGUGAACUUCCUACUGGACGGUGAGUCACACAGGCACUCCCUUGACCCACAAAACUUCCACCUCAGCUUUGACCCACAGAUCUACUUUGGAGGAGGAGACAACUUUGUUACAACACAGGGGUUACAGGUCACACAGAACUUUGUUGGGUGUCUCAAAAACGUUUAUGUCAAUGAUAUAUCGCUUCUACCUCGUCUGGUGGAAGAAGACCCUCGGACCCAACUCAAAGGGGGAACUAUGCCUCAACAGGGCUGUCGCAAGGUCAAGGACAUUCCUAUGACAUUCCCUAAAUCGGGAACAAUGUUACUGUUUGACGGGUACGGAGGUCAGGAUCUCACCGUGGAGUUAGAGUUCCGCACUGUCAGACAGGAUGCUGUACUGCUGUACUUCAAUCUUCUCUCACCCGGAAAUGUGGAUACAGGGAAUCUGGAGGUUUGGGUACGGAAUGGACAGCCCCUUUUACACUACGUCUCAUCUCUUAGCAACGGGAGCCACACAAGGAACACCACAGUAGCAAUGGUUGUCAAUAACAACCGCUGGCACACACUGCGCUUAGAAUUCAAGGCAGGGAUGGCCAAGGUGCGUAUUGGGAGUCGGUCAGUUGUUCUAGAGGGCGUUGGGGAACCAAUCUACGUCAGUGGUGCAAUCAUCGUUGGCUUUGUCCCAAAAAUUUAUACAGAAAACAUUGGAUUUGUUGGAUGCAUUCGAAACCUAAAACUCCAGAAUGAGACCAUUGAUCCAAUCAAGUUGAUGGACAAUCGUGAUGUUGUGGACGGAGUGUUUCUGGAUGGCUGUAACCUAGUUGACCAUUGUCGCUAUGGGCCACCAUGUCAGCAUGGUGGUCAGUGUUUGGCCGACUGGGAUGGUAUUUCCUGUAACUGUGAAGCCACCUCUUACUCCGGAAAAACCUGCCAUUUCUCGCGAUACAAACAGACAUGUGACGAAUACUACCAGGCGGGGUACACCGAAUCAGGGGUCUACCUCUUGGACUUAGAUGGGCAGGGACCAAUGGAGCCCCAUCAUGCCCAGUGUGAAAUGGGCCACACGACCCUAGACCCACAAGGAGGCCAUGACGUCACUGGGGCUACUGUCGUAGAACACAAUCUUGCUCCUUAUACACCAAUUCGCGACCCUGAACUUGGUGAACUCAAGAAAGUGUUGUCAUACAGAGAGAUGAAUCAUGAGAUUCUCCUAAAGCUGACUAGGAUGUCUGAUCAGUGUCAACAAUAUGUGGAGUAUAGCUGUUACCGUGCUCCUAUCAGACUUGGAGACUUGACAUUCUUCAGGGCAGCUAGUGGGCAAGUUGUGGAAUCCAUUGGCACAGAUACCCCAGGACACUGUGCCUGUGCCCUAGGCAACCAGUGUCCAGCCAAUGGUUGUAUGUGUGAUAGAGCAAAAUCCUCGGUGGUAGUCGACAAGGGAGAUAACUCCGUCAAAGCACAGUUGCCCAUCACUGAACUGACAAUCUUAAACAAAAGAGGAGGAUCUUCAAAGGGGACCGCAAACAUCACACUGGGACCCCUCAAGUGUUGGGGAAGUAAUGACAACAAACUGGACCACGCUGUGACGUUUACUGCACAAAUGGCCCACAUCGUUCUGCAGCCGUGGACGUCAUUUGACCUACGAUUCAGCUUCCGUACCCACCAACAGAGUGCUGUGCUUCUACACCAGAGUCCGCAGUUCAAUAACUCAAACAUGUUCAGUAUAGAACUUCUUACAGCCAAGGCUUUGCGCUUUUUCUUUGUGAUAAAUGAUGUGGAAUUUGUAUCGGACAUUCAGACGAAUGAACCCCUAAACACUGGCGCGUGGAAACAGAUUCGUGUUGAGCGUAGUCAACAUGAUAUCCGAUGUAGUGUAGCUCGUGAGCAACGAAUCGUCACCAUCCCAGAGAUCUGGACAUCAGACGAUGCCAUCUUCUCUGGACUCCUGUAUCUGGGAGGCCUGCCAGGGGAGAUGUUUGAGGAGACCCCGGGACUGGUGGGGUGUGUACGUGGUAUGGUUUACAACGGUGUUCAUCAUGAUCUCACAAGCGAAACUGAUCCCAGCACUCCUGAGGUGAAACCGGGCUGUACAGCCUCCUGUUGGACUGAUCCCUGUCAGAAUGGAGCAAGCUGUGUAGAGGGCUGGGGAACGUACCAGUGUGUGUGUGCUAACCCCUGGGCACACAUGGGUCACAGCUGUGAGAUCAAUAUAAAUGAAGAUGCUGUUUCCUUUAAUGGAUCGAUAACAUCGUUUCUGGAGGUGGGUACGGGAGAAGACCUCUCAAUGCUAGAGUCGACCAUCAUUGUGAGUUUCAGGACCACAAUUCCUCCUGCUCUUCUCCUCUAUAUCUAUGACCAUCUUAACAACUUUGUCCAGCUGGAAGUUACCGGUGUGAACCAGCUACGUCUUAGCUAUAAUCACUUUGACGUGAUUAAGGAAGGGGUUCUUAUUGUUGACGGUCUGACAGAUGGCACCUGGAAACAGGUGGUGGUCCAGUUCUUACAGGGAGGAGACCGAGGGGUGAAGUUGAUCCUAGAUGACCUCCAAACCAUCGUCCCCUUCCGCACCCUCAAACUCAGCCAGUACUCUGACCAUCCCUUUAAUACAGGAGAGCUUAGAGAGUCUGUUUUUCCACUGAGAGAAGCAGGAUCGUCUCCCUUUGUUCGUCUAUUUGUGGGCGGAACCUCCAGUCUGAGGACCAGCAUUCCUACAAUCAAUGGUUGUAUGAGGGGACUGAAGAUUGGCAGCAGAGUUAUCUCCCUUCAGGAACUAGCUAGGCACACACCUGGUGUUGCAGGAGCAUGCCACAGUGGCUGUGUGAACAAACCCUGCCACCACGGGGGCUACUGUUGGGAGAAGUGGGGCCUUAGUGACUACGAGUGUGACUGUACCAACACAGCCUACGCGGGAAAACAGUGUGACAUAGAGGCAUCCGGUACCUUCGACGGUCAGUCCGUAGUGGAAUACAUGUUUAGACCCAAUGGUCAAGCACGACAGACGUCCACUGACAAGGUGUCCCUGGUGUUCCAGACCAAUGCAACAGGAAGUGAGCCCAUGGUCCUCAUUGUUGUCAUCAGCUCAAGCCACACCGACCACGACUUCGUCACACUCUGGAUGAAACCUGAUGGAGGUGUCCAUGUGACCACCAGUCAAGGGGGAGUUCAUCAUGGACUGAGUCUGGACGGAAUGUUUGCAGACGGCCGACCUCACAAACUGGUAUACCAACACACUGAGUCUGAAAUGUCCCUGAAGGUACUUGGGACGUCAAAUGUGGAUGUGGAGGCCAUGGAGACUGUUCCCAUCUCUAACAAUCCACUCCAGGUACUGGACACGGUCCUAGUGGGAGGUUUCACCCCUACCAGUGUGUACGACAACUUCAGCCACCGCAACAAGUACCGCAACUUUACUGGCUGUUUGUCAGUGGUAAGGUUUGAGCCCGUGGCUGGUGCCCGGAUGUACCUACAACAGCCCCUAAAAACCCUGCGUGACAAUCUCAAAGACUCGAUAGUUAUUCAUGGUAACAAGGUGCCCCCUUGUUCAUCGCCAAUUGCCAUUGACCUGCAGCAUGAUGCCACCACGACGACAACCCACCCAACAACAGCAAAUGGUGGCAUGCAGAAGCUGAUGAUGCCUCCGUGGAACCCUGGGCCUGCAGAGACAAUUUUUCUGAACCCAGCCCCGCCUAAGACAUCAAGUAGCACACCCUCCCCUACCAUUCCGGUAAGCCUGUCUUCUACUCAGGCUACUACCCCUCAGGCCAACCUAACACGUCCCAGACCAGUCCUCGAGUCCAGAUUCAUGAAUGAUGAAACCAUUGUGAUCCUUAUGUGUGUCAUUGUGUUCAUCCUGCUCAUCACCAUUAUUAUCACACUCAUCUUGUGGCGGUUCAAGAAAAAGAAGGGCUAUCGGUUUAAGCAGAAGGAGGACUAUGAGAUGAAACAGCCUCUGAACCACACAUGUGGCUCCAGUUCCCCGGUCAGUCCUGCACUAAGUGCACCGGGCAGCCCAGCAAUCAAGGACCAUCUAGCUAGAUUGGACGAGUUUUCUAUGGUGUCCGCAACAUUGGGACCUUCAUUGCGGCGACAUGAAAAUGGCAUCCGACCAGGAGGAUUGGAGCCAUUACUUAGUCAAGAAGAGGAUGUGCCAGAAUACACUAUGCAAACGUUUUUCAACAAAAAGAAAAAUCGACCAGCAUCUUCAAUCUCAGAGGUGUUGGAAGAAAUGGAAAGACAGCGUAGACGAGACCCAGACCCGGGACGAGGUGUGGGAGCCAGCCCACAGGAGGAGGGUCCUCCAGACUGGGAGGUACCGGGCCCUGCCCCAGAGUUUGAUGAGCAGGAAGUGGAUGGAAAGGACACAGGAAGUGAUCCCCUACUGAUAGAUGGGCCAGUCACACACCACACAGCAGACAGUGGAUAUGAGGCUGAGUCACGCCCCGAAACUAAUACCCCCUCACCCCCCUCCCCUCAAAAGUCCUACUUAGAUGAAUCCAUCACUUCCCCACCAUCACCCAAAUCAUACCUUUACGAGCUCGCUGGAUUCAGCGGCAGUGAAGUUCCAAACUGUGCCUCCACGCCACGUAAAAGUUCCACAGACAGUAGUCCGGAGGUCAUCACGUAGAUUCAUGGCUGUGACCAC